UCGACGUCUCUCUUUUGCUUCGCAUUCAGAGUGUUUUCGGACUGUACAUACUCCAGUAUUAAAACAAAGCUCGUAUUCUGAAUAAUAGUAGUGAUAACAUUUUCCUUAGACACUCCAAAGACGGAACUCCAACAUCGUCGAUUCUUAAUGAAGUUUAUUUCUGCAUGUGCUGUUAAAAGUGAAGAUGCUGUUUAGGUGUAGUCACCCAGACGGGGAUUAUUUAAGAUGCAGAUCAAAUGGUGUUCAUCUCAGAGGUUAAUGGUCCUCAUAGCCCGGACAUGUUAGCUAUCCAGCGAUGCAACUCUUCAGCUCUGGAUGCGGUAGAGCCCCUCGCCAAUCAGACCCAGAACUUAUCUGGGGUGGAACCAGUGCGAUGCAAGGAAAACCUGACCACCCACACAACCAGCCCGACGGUAGCAGCCCUGUCCAUGACACUGGGCAUCGUGUCCAACAUCAUAGCUCUCAUCAUCCUGGCCAAAGCUUACGCUCGCCUGCGCAAACGUUCCAAAGCCACCUUUCUUCUUUUUGCCAGUUCCCUAGUGGCCACGGACCUCGCCGGUCACGUUAUCCCUGGCUUCCUGGUCAUGAGCCUCUACAUGGGUGACACUGGGCCGUGUAAUUACCCAACCGAUUCCACAUGCACUUUUUUAGGUGGCAGUAUGGUGUUCUUCGGCCUGUGCCCGCUCUUUCUCGGGUGUGUGAUGGCAGCUGAACGCUGCAUGGGCGUGACACGGCCUCUUUUGCACGCCCGAGUUGUAUGCACUGCAUACACCAAGAUGCUGUUGGUGAUGAUAUGGUUAUUGGCAUUGUUUGUAGCAAUUCUGCCCUCGUUUAACUUGGGCAGAUAUACCUACCAGUACCCAAGGACAUGGUGCUUUAUAAAGGUGUUUAAUAAGGACCCAGCGAUCACAGAUGGCAUGGACACGGCCAUCACAGACGUGAUUUUUGUGCUGCUCUUUUCUGGACUAGGACUGGCGUCACUGGCCGUGGCAUUUAUAUGCAACACAAUCAGCGGUGUGACGCUGGUCACCGCCCGGCUCCGCAGGAGGACAGGCCACCAGAGAUCAACUCACUCACAUGAUAUUGAGAUGGUGGCACAGCUGGUGGGCAUUAUGGUCACUUCUUGUAUCUGCUGGAGCCCUCUGCUUGUCUUUGGACUAAUGUCGGUCAUUCGCUCAUACAGCGGUUCUAUGAGGGACGAGUGUGAUUUACAGACCUACAAAAGUUUAAUGGUACUGGGAGUGCGUCUCGCUGCCUUUAACCAGAUCCUGGACCCUUGGGUCUACAUUCUCCUACGUCGUGCCGUCCUCAGGAAGAUCUACCGCUUAACCACCGGCCGCAAUGAGCGCAGGGGAAGCACAUUCCGGCGCUGGGAGAUUAGCUCCUUUCAGAACUCAGUGAAAAAGGCCAUUAAUCUGAAUUGAUUGAGUGUGUGAUUAAGGGCUGCCAAGUGGAAAGGACAAGGAGAUGGACAAAUAUGGCCAUAUCUUUGCACUGCAGUGUUACUGAACAUACACCUUGCUAGAAUAAUGCAUACACUGUAGAAGAAGCAUACUGGAUACUCUUGAUCAACCACAGAGACGUCAAACAUCAUAAUGGAUUCUUUCUGCUAAAUUAAAUGUGAAAUGAGAGUUUGACAUGCUCUUUUGAUGUCUUCUUCAUUAAUAUAAACAUGUGAAUUGUGAGUAAGUGAAGGACUGUAAAUAUAAUGGCCAGUCAAACUAAAUUUUAACUCAAGUUUUAAAAAUGUACAUAAAAGGAUGUAAAAUAUCAAAAGAAGUCAGGAGUCAAAAUAAAUGCUGUUUGUACCUAGAUGUGUGUUUUAGUGGCUUAUGUAGGAUCAUGUGCAGUUUGUGCAUUUGAAUCUGUCAGUCAUUGUUAAGCGGGUAACACUUUUCAUUUAGGUGAAGCAUUUAUAAAUGUGUUCAUUAAUGAUGAAUAAGUCAUUUACAAAUGCAUUAUGAAGCAGUUAUUACUGCAUGAAUAAAAAGAGGAAAUUCCUGCCAAAUAGUGAGCCAUUUUUAACUCACGUGUUAUAAAGGCCUAAUACAUUUAUUUAUACAUUCAUUAUUUAUUUGACUGGAAAGCAGAGUCAUUAUUAUCUUGAUGUUGUUUGCAAUAUAGGCUGUCAAACCGCACACUGUGUUAUGUUGUUUUUCUUAUACCUGCUCACUCUUUGGCAAGUGUUUCGAUAGAAUCCCUCUUUUUAUUCAUGCAGUUAUAGCUGCUUUAUAAUGCAGUUGUAAAUGACUUAUUAUAAUCAUAUAUAAAUGACUUUUUAUAUCAUUUAUAAAUGCUUCAUAAAGGGUAACUUAAUGUAAAGUGUCACCCUUAAGUGAUUUCUUCAUCCAAAGCUCUUUUUAGAUCCAAGCUGUUUUAAUUGUAAUGUUAAUUUAAGCUGUGCUGUUUUCAGCAGUUAUACAUGUAGUAAGUCAAAUAUCGACAAAUGUUAAGUGUAAAUUUACUUGUGCAGAAAUAUAAGCUAGAUGUUAUAAUGGUUUCAGUGUUCCCCUGUCUGUAUGUUUUCCUUAAUUAUUUGUGAUCAUGAAAAGUAAA